AGCCACCGACCGGUGAACCAUUAACGCUACUAGGCCGAAUGACAUUAACCCAUAGUACACUACACAUUUUUUUGUAAAUGUGUUUUGAAGAUUUCACCAUUGAUUUGCUUGGCUUUCUCUACCGUCUACCUCUCGCUCAAGAAACGAAAUAGUUUCUGGUUGGUCCCGCUCUUUUUAUACACCGAAAUCACAGCUUGGCCCUUCUCCUUCUUCUUUGAUGGGAAGGGUUAAACUAAAAAUAAAAAGGUUAGAGAGCUAUAGCAACAGACAAGUUACAUAUUCGAAACGCAGAACUGGAAUCUUGAAGAAAGCUAAGGAAUUAUCAAUACUAUGUGACAUUCACAUUAUCCUUCUAAUGUUUUCUCCAACAGGAAAGCCUACCUUAUUCCAUGGAGAGCGCAGCAAUAUUGAAAAGGUUAUUGUGAAGUUUGCGCAAUUAACGCCGCAAGAAAGGGCAAAGAGGAAGCUGGAGAGCCUCGAAGCACUGAAGAAAACCUUCAUGAAAUUGGAUCAUGAUCUAAACAUACAUGACUUUCUAGGUGCAAACAGUCAAUCUAUUGAGGAAAUGACAAAAGAAGUAUCAAGGUUUCGAGCUCAGCUUGCUGAAGUACAUAAGAGACUGAGCUACUGGAGUAAUCCAGAUAAAAUUGACAACAUAGAGCAUCUUAGGCAGAUGGAAGAUUCUCUAAGAGAAUCCAUUGAGCGUGUGCGUAUACACAAGGAAAAUUUUGGAAAGCACCAUCUUAUGUCACUAGAAUGCUGUAACCAGUUUCAGAAUAGGAUACCUUUGUCUGUAAUGAUUGGUGCAGUGCAAGAAGCCCAACCCGUUAUGUGGCUUCCCAACAAUGAAAAUCAUCAUACGUUAUUGCAUAAUGAAUUGAACUUUCUACCUCAUCGAGAUGCAGAGUGCUCUACGGAUUGCUCCCUUGCUGGCUAUUCUGGUUUCUUUGGCUCCGGUAAACAAACAGAGAUCAGCAGUUCAGGACAAGUUGAUAAUGUGGUACAGGAAUGUAAUGCCCUUAAUGAGUUAGGUAGUAAUGCUUGCUUAAAUUUAGAACCCGGUGAGCAAUAUUUCUACCAGCCAUAUAGUGCUUCAAAUUACCAGGAUGAUGAGAAGUUGAAGACUGAGAUGGAGGUGAACCUUCAAGGGAAUCCUGUGGUUAACCAAGUUAUUAGCAACUUCGAAAUCCCUAGACCUAUGUAUAACAAUGGGCAUCAAGCUUGGGUAUUGUCUUCUGGCCCUUGUGGCAUUGCAAUGUUUGAUGGGAAUUCUUACCAUCAGCAAACUAAAUCUAAUUUCAUGAAUCAGACACCUUCAUCCGGCCAAUGUCACGAUUUAUAGCUGAAGGACUGACAGACGUGCGCCGAAAUCUGACUGUUUCAUGGAUCAUGGUCAUUUCUUGUGAUAGAAUAGGUGAAACAUACAGCACAUGAAGCCCUCACCCAGCCAGUUUUUGCUGCUGGACAUGUUUCUUGUAUAUUUAGUGUAACUUUGUAACUCAUACAUGAUUAUAUCUUCUGUAUAUCAACUCUUUUUCUUUUUUUCCUCUUUUUUAGUUGUCUAAACACAGUUUUCAUGGGGUUUUUUAGAGUACUUCCCAGCCCCUCAAGAUGUAUAUAAAUUAUAUAUAGAAAAUGAAAACAUGACUUCUACUGUCAUUAGUUUCAAUCCAAA